AUGAGGAUAUUUCCGUCGGUACUUCUAGCUGCUCUGAAUGCUCAGUCUAAUCCCGAGACUGCCUGGACCACCAUCCAAGUUGUGUACAACCAGCUUUACGAUGGAUUGCUAGCCGUCUACGCCGACAAAAACAUCCCAGCUCAUAAAAAGGCAAAUCGCCUCGCUGACUUUUUUAACAAAUGUUACCUGUCUGAGCCACCAACUGAGCCGCCAACUGAGCCACCAACGGAGCCAUCGUGCGCAACUGAUCCCUGUGAUGGAAUCUCUGAAUGUACCACCUUCAUUAAUGGCUGUUCGCGCGCACCAGUCAGCAACACUGUAUCAAGUGCGAUCUCCGCUUCUCCAAGCUACAGAAUCUCGGUCGACGUUCUUUGCGACUCUUCUAUGGGAGUCGACGAUGAGUGGAAGAACAUCAUCCGAGUCGGCGAUGGUGGAGAAGAAGAUCUUCCAGGCAAUCGACAAUUUGCAAUCUGGAGACAUCCUAACGAGGCGAAUUUGCUUCAAGUCGUCGUCAAUGAUGGAAGUCAUUUUAGAAAUUGGGUCGACAGGCAAUUCCGUUGCACUGAAGGCCAAUGGAAUACGUACACCGUUGUCCAGCAUCAGAAUUUCGAGGCGACAGGGGUUUCCUACACUCUCUUGAUCGAUGGCUUUCUGUUUCUUGCCGGCUCCUAUUCUGCCGCGGAAACUCCUUCAGGAACUGAUCAGUUUGCGUACUACUCUGACUGGGGAGUCGCCGGCUCAUCCUACCUUGUCAAGAACUUCUUUUAUCAAAAGCUUUACUUUAACUCCUAA